ACCAUACAAUAGAGGAUACCGCUUUGCCAUUGAGACGGUUGGUGGUGUUGUUGUAAGUGGAAGUGGAGCGGUAAGGGUGAGCGAGCACUGGUGUUGAUCAGAAGUGAAUAGUCUGAGUCAGAUUGAGAGCAGAUGUCAUAUUGUUGGCACAGUUUGGGUCUUGUGCCAAUUUCACAAUCCCAAACCCUGUUUUCUUUUUCACAAACACAUGGUACCUUCGCGAGGCAGAGGGUUCCUUGUUCACUGCUGCAGGAAAUGUCCGUGGUGGAACCAUCCUCACAAUACAAGUAUCAACAACAGAACAACCUUACAAGUAUAAGUAGGAAUCCCAGUGUCGGAGGGGAUGAUGAUGGAGACGAAGAAGAAGGAAUUUCGAAAAUAGGAGUGCCAAGGCAGAAACACAUCCCUGUUUCCAAGUCCCAGCUCGUGGAUGCCAUCCUCUCUAUCAUGUUUAACCAAUCCCAAGAUGUUGCCCAUCACUUUCGCCUUCUCACCUCAUGCUUAGACUCCAUACUUCACGCUGAGCACAAAAGCAUUUUAGAGGAGAUGCGUUCCGAUUAUCAACUUGCCAAUUCACUCCAAACACACAGUUCAUUGACACAACUGGUGAAUAUACCCAACGUGAAUACCAAGGAUUCAGACAUGCUUACUGAUGACAAUGACAUUAUUGCAAUUCAGGAAGACGCCAACCUCUAUGACGACCAGCAGGAUCAGAGGGAAAAGUCUGUGCUCCCUUACCCUGCUUUGGACCUCACUGCUCUUUUACGAUCUCUCGACAUAGCAUCUACCAAGAAAGAUUAUGAUAGUGGCUCCAGGGUCACCAUUGGUACUCGUUUCCAACAUGCUUUCAUGAAGCUUCUUUCAGAUGCACAAUUUGAAGAACUAUCAGCUAGGGACCUGCUGUUAACGUCUGCAUUGAACUCAGAUUAUCUCCUUACCUUGCCAAUAUAUGUUGAUUGGAAAAGAGCAUAUGAGUCUAAUGCCAUAAUAUUUAGGCGUGGUUAUGCAACUGAGAAGCAGAAGGGCUUGUUAAUUGUUGAGAAACUGGAUUACUUACAGUCUAAGAUUCUGCGAGGAACCUUCUUUGUUAUAUCAAAACCACUAACAAAACUUGGCUCCUGGAUCAGUGAGCUUUACGAAAAUGGGAGUCAGAGACAUGAAAUACAAAACUGGACAGAAAGCUUGAGGCUUUGGCUAAAGGAAUUGUCAGUAUUUCAGAAAUCACUACUUUAUAAUGACCCUGCUUCAGAUGAGCAUAUAGGUAUAAAUCAAGAACCAAAUGCAGAACUUCCUAUUUGGUUGGCAGCUCAGAGGGCAGUAGCUCGAUAUGAAGGAAUUUUGUCACAAGUUGGUCCUCGUGGAAGGCUCCUGAGGAGAAUGCUUUCUUGGAUAGGACUAAUGCCCCCUUUGCCAGAAACUCCUUUUGAAGUUCACAAUGAUAAUAAUACUCCUGAACCUCACCUUAGGCCUACUUUUUUAUCAAGGAUAUCACUUAAUGAUAUAUGGAGACCUGCAACAAGGAAAUACUGUGGAAAUGAUCCUUGGAAAAUGUUGAAAACUUCCAUUUCCAUACUUUUCUCACAAUCAGUCCUGCAGGAGCCAGCAUUUGAAGAAUUAAUUCUACUAUAUACCAAGGAAGUUGGCGAAACAAAUGGUAAUGAUAAAGCUGACGUUUCAUCAUUGCAGUUAAAGAUCUAUGAAAGAAUUCCUAUUCCAGAUUUAGCGGUAAUAUUCCCUCACAAAAAGCUAUCAUUCCGUAUCAUAGACACGGUGCGCUUGGAUAUUGCCACAAUUUUGGGACUUUUGGCAUACUUCAUAAACUACAAAUUUGAGAAUGUCUUAUCUUCCCCAUCAGCAAUUUUACUUGAUGUUGUCGCCAUAAGUGCUCUAAUAAUAUAUGGGAGUCGUGUGGUCCUUGGUUACAAACAGACAUGGGAUCGGUAUCAGCUGUUAGUUAACAAGACACUCAAUGAAAAAACAUUGGCAAGUGGCUUUGGCUCUGUGCAUUUUCUUCUAGAUGCCUCUGAACAGCAGCAAUACAAGGAAGCUGUUUUGGCCUAUGCCAUCCUACUCAAAGCAGAGAAGGGACAGGUUAUUUCUCGGCAAACUGUUGGAGAAAAAUGUGAGAGAUUCUUGUAUGAAGUUUUUAAAGUAAAGGUUGAAAUGCCAAUAGACAAGGCACUUAAUACAUUAUUAAGGCUGGGCCUAGCAACUGAAACUUGUAUUGAUGGGAAUCGGGGAUUGUUGGCUAUACCUUGUCCGAAGGCUUAUGAGGCCCUUAAAGAACGAUGGAAUAUUUUGCUCUGUUAGAACAUGCACGGUCAUAGAGUACUGGAAACGACCUUCACAGUUUACCAACAAAGGCAUUGUAUAUAGUAACUUAGUAAGUACAUAAUCCCUCAUUUUAUCCGGUAAUAGUUCUCUGUAUAUAGAUGAGGCUAGGCAUAUUCAUGCUGCACUGUAUUAAAAGCAGUUCUUUAUUUGUUAAUAUAGUUGUUAAUGCAUUAUAUAUGCUACUACCUAUUUUUCUUUAUUUGUUUUUUCUUAAAAGUACCAAAUUCAUAAUGGUAAUUUGAAUAUUACAGGAGUUAUUUCAAAUACUUU